CUGACAUAUCAACAAAUAUUCAAUAAUAAACAUUAUGUUAUGAGUCAUGUUAUAAAAAAAAUAAUGAAAACAUUGCAUAGUUUCCUAUAAAAAUCCUAAUACAAGUGCCUUUGCUUUUGAAAAAUGUCUUUCCUAAAUUUUUGGUCAAAACCGGAUCCCAAAGAGGAACAGAAAGAAUCAGACAGAGCCUUAAGAAAAGUGGGAAGAGACCUGGAACGAGAUCGCCUCAAGCUUGAAAGAGAAGAAAAGAAAUUAGAACAAGAAAUAAAAAAACUGGCCCAACAAGGCAACAAUGAAGGUUGCAGAAUCCUAGCAAAACAACUGGUACAGUUACGCAAACAAAAAACUCGUUCUUAUGCUGCCAGCAGUAAAGUCACUGGCAUCCAGUUCCAAAAUAAAGCAAUGGGUGCUAACGUGAAACUGGCCGAGUCUAUGGGGGUAGCUGGAAAAACUAUGGCCAACAUGAAUAAGAUUAUGAACCCCGAACAAGUUUCAGCUACUGUCAAUGCUUUCUCUAGGGAAAAUAUGAAAAUGGAAAUGACUGAUGAAAUGAUUAAUGAUACCCUGGAUGAGAUGUUAACUGAAUCAGGAGACGAGGAGGAAAGUGAUGCAAUUGUGAAUCAAGUUUUAGAUGAAAUUGGUAUUGAAAUUAGUGGAAAGAUGUCAGAUGCUCCAAUGCCAGCAACAGACAAGAUCGGAGGCAAAUCCAAAGGGCUCACUGAUGAUGAUAUUGAGGCCCAGUUAGCCAAGCUUAGGGGCUGAACUUUAUGUAAUAUAGUUCUAUCCUCCUUGUGAUAUAAAGGAAUAAAAUGCUUUGUUUAACUUUU